CAGCCGAGGGAAGAGGAGAGACAGAGAGAGAGAGACUUUCAAUACGUUUUCGGGCACUGAAUACACUGACUGGACUCCAGGUUUCCUCUCCUACGCCAUGACCCGCCCCUACACCAUCUCACUUGGACUCCUGCUCCUCCUCAUUGGCUACGCAGCGCCAGGACCCGAGUCUGAGCUCCAACCCAGAGAUGUCCGGUCGAGUGCCUGUCAGGACCACAGUACUCUUCAUGACAGACUGGAUGUAGUGGAGAAGCAUGUAGAGGACACAGUACAAAAGCUGGAGGCUGAGCUGGCCAUGCUGCUGGACGCCAUAGAAGCCCCUGAGUGGAGUCCCCUGCUGGAAACUGUUGGAAAACCUGUGGUGGACAUCCUGGACGGCCAGGGACUGGGAGAGAAUGGCGACUCCUGAAAGAGGAAGAGGAGAAGAUCUCUGUUGAGCAGCUACUAAUGCUACUUCACUCUAGCUUUAAGAAGUGAUGAGCGUGUACCUGGCUAGGGAAAACAAUGAAAGACUAAUGUACAGUCUCUGCCGUUUUGCUGAAGUUGUAUUUUGUAAGUGGACAAAAACGGUAUAAAACAAGCCCUUUAAAGUGUAAACACAGGCUUAGUAUAUAUUCUGUGGUACAGUCGAUAGAUCACAACACUAAAGCUUAUUUUUCCCCGUAAUACACUGCUCUAUUCCUCGGGCACUCUCAUCCUUUCUCUCGUCUUUGGCUAAACUUGAAUCCCUACACCCAGGGGUAACUGUGUCCCCAGCCUCUCAGGAUGUUUACAUCAAAGUCGUAAACCAUUGAUUGUUUUAUCUGGUAAUGUCUUCUGUUUUGGGUGGGAUUGACUCUUUUCUGUCCCAUGCCGCUCUUCCGCCCCCUGGUGUCAGUCAAGAGCGACACAUGCAGCACCGAGUCCUUGCCCUUUACCACAGAUCAAGAAUCAGGUGACCCUAACCCCCAAUCCUAUACCAAACCACUAGGGGGCUGUAAAUAAUACCUGACCCUGUAUCCGUGGUUAAGGACCACUAAUAAUCUCAAUGUGGAUGAAUGACAAAAACAAAAUCAUUACAGAGACUACUAGAAGGAAUGUAUUUAUUUAUCAAAGCAGUUAAAGCAGUAUGUUUCAAUACACAGAGCAGUUUGAAUAGGUACAGUACAAGGCUUCCACUGAGACCCAGGCUAGUUGCAAGUGUAUUUAUUUAGUCCCCAUAAAAAUCUUACAGAACAUGUUCAAAAUCGGAUCACAAAAAGGAGAGUGGUCAUAGAUCAUCAAACCAGUUUUUUUUGUUCUUAAAAAUAAUGUACACUAUUUUACUAAAUGUUUCUACAAAGAUCAGACACUAAUGUUAGAUGUGAGAGCGUUGAUCCUUAUCCAGUUCACGGUAAAGGUGCUGUGGUAGCUGGUCACUCGCUCUGUAACAAUACUGUUUGAAACACCCAGGUAAAUAUACUUACAACAAUGUUAUCCAAUAAACUAGAAUGUAAACACAUUGGUAAGAACAUAUUUUAGAUUUUUGCGAGUUAGGCAAGCAACAUCCGAUCAGGAAUGGAGAUGAAUUUUAGAUACCAAGGGAAUGAUAUUAGGCUACAAUAUUGUUGAAAAAAGCUGCCCAGGGUCCUAUUAAAUUCAAUGACUAUUCAUUACAAAUACUAGACAUAAUUACAUGGCCAUUUCCAGCAGUGGAGCCUGAGCAUCCAAUCAAGUUUUUUAAUCUAAUCGUCAUUAGAGAGGACAAUGUAAAGACAUGUCGAAGAGCUGUAUAUAUACUGUAUAUA